UGAGCUUCACAACAUCCCCAGCUAGCCAAAAGCAAAGCGUCAGCCUAAAAGAAAGCAUAACCUUCUAACCUUCUCCUCCUCUCCUUGCUGAUGCUUUGGUAAAAGGCCAGUGUUCGCUAGCAGUUGUGGGUUCCCAUAUGAUCGACAUAAUAGCUGCUUUAAAGUUUUCAUUGAUUCCAAAUGAAAAAGAGAGGCUUGUAGCUCUAACUGUUCGAUUCCUUGGGUUUCCUGGAGGAGUUGGUGCAUCUAAGACAAACGUUCUAUAAAUACUUGGAACAGCCUGUGUUCAGUAGUCCAUACACAAGAAUAAUUCACUGUCUUGAGACAUGGGUACUGGAGCUAGAGUCUACUGCUUGUUAAUUAUAUCCUUCUGUUUCUGCCUCCAUGGUUCUUUAGCUGCUCGCCAUGGAAAAAAGAAUCACCCAUCUGCAAUGGUGGUUGGAACUGUUUACUGUGACACCUGUUUUCACAAGGAGUUCUCAAAGCCUAGCCACUUCAUAGCAGGUGCUUCAGUGGCAGUUGAAUGUGGGGAUGGUGCUGCCAAGCUCAGCUUUCGGAAGGAGGUGAAGACUAAUCGGCGCGGAGAGUUCAGAGUUCGACUACCUCUUGAAGUUGGCAAGCACAUAAGACUGAUCGAGUCUUGCUCUGUGAAGCUAAUUAGAAGCAACGAGCCAUUCUGCUCCAUCGCUUCCUCUGCCACUUCCGCCGGGCUUCGUCUCAAGUCCAGAAGGAAUGGUGUGCCUGUCUACUCAGCUGGGUUCUUCACCUUCAGGCCUUUGAAGCAACCGGAGCUCUGCUUUCAGAAACCAAUUCUUGGAGAUCAGAAGUUUGAUCAAUCUGCGUUCUUCUUUCCUCCAAUUCCAUUUCUUCCAUCUCCGCCUAACAUUGGCGGAAUCCCGCUGCCACCCAAUCCACUUCAGCCACCACCAUCUAUUCUGCCACCAGUUUUUCCACAGCCACCGCCAUCCCUUCUUCCACCACUGGUGCCACAGCCACCACCAUCCCUUCUGCCACCACUUGUGCCUACGUUACCUCCAAUUCCAUUUCUCACUCCACCACCACCCCCGCCGGCCUUCCACUUCCCUCCUUUCCCGUUCCUUCCAAAUCCUCUGUUUCCUGGUAUCCCACCAGCUGCACCAUCAAAAAAGACCUCCCCAUGAGUGAGGCUGCAUCGUUAACCUAAAUGCCUUGCAUCAUCAUAUGUAAUGAAGUGCUAUGCACCUUUGUGAGUUUUUGACGGUUGUUUGGUUUUUUGGAUGAGCGCAAGUAAUAAUGUACAUGUUAGUGGAUUGCUAUUUUUUUUUUUUUUUGCUUAGGCAAGUGGAUAUUGCUAUUUCAAUAAGAAAUUGACUCCUUUCAAGAAGUCAAAAUUCUGGCUCA